AGAAGUAUGACAUCUGUCACGAUUCCCACUCAACUUACACAUAGUUGUUUACAUUGGCAAUUUUAUAUUGGAAAUCACAAUGAGAUAGCAUAUAAACACAAGAAAUUAGAGGUUAAACCAACGUUUUACACGCUUAAACCAUGAUGGCUGCUAAUGGUCAUAUAGGCAUUACGAAAUCCGUUGCGGCCACAUUCGUGAUCGGAGUGUGUUUUGGUUCCGUGUUGGCAUAUUAUUAUUUGACUGUUUCAACUUCUGCGUCGUAUCCAGUGCCAGUUUUGCGACAAACGUCAUCUUACGUUCCAAAUUCAGCAUUUGAUCAUGACCAUCUUUAUUCAGAAGCCUCUCCAACAAAAGGGUUGAGUUGGAAAGAUGAAAUGGCACACAGUCACAAAGUGGAGUCCAAUGAGGUAGCUAGAAUCUUGCAUGACAAGGUGCGAGUGCUUUGUUGGGUCAUGACCAAUCCAUCUAAUCAUGCUCUAAAAGCCCAGCAUGUGAAAGCAACAUGGGGAAAGCGUUGCAAUAUACUUUUGUUUAUGAGCUCUGCGGCUGAUUCAUCACUGCCAACUGUUGUACUGUCAGUCACGGAAAGCAGGGACUCACUUUGGGCAAAGACAAAAUUAGCUUUCAAGCAUGUUUAUGAAAAUUACCUUGACAAGGCUGAUUGGUUUUUGAAGUCUGAUGACGAUACUUACGUGAUUGUUGAAAACCUACGGUAUUUACUUGAGGAUAAGAAUGCAACCAAACCGAUCUUCUUUGGCCGUGAAUUCAAACCAUAUGUCAAGAAUGGAUAUAUGUCAGGGGGUGCCGGCUACGUUCUCAGCAAGGAGUCGUUAAAAAGAUUCUACAAUGGUUUGGGAGAUAGCAGCAAGUGUCGCCAGGACGCCGGUGGGGCAGAAGACUUGGAAAUGGGCAAAUGUCUGCAGGAAGUGGGUGUGGUGCCUAUGGAUUCCAGGGACGAACUUCAGCGCGAGAGAUUUCACCCAUUUGUUCCUGAGCACCAUCUGAUCCCAGAUAUUCUGCCCAAGGACAUGUGGUAUUGGUCAUACAAUAAAUAUCCGGCAAAACAGGGGCCAGAUUGCUGCAGCGAUUACGCAAUCAGUUUCCACUACGUCAACCCAAACAUGAUGUAUGUUCUGGAGUACAUGGUGUAUCAUCUGAAAGCGUACGGCCACGAUACCAUUCUGAAACUUGACUGUGAAACCACACACCCCACAAGUACCGUACCCAAGAGUAGAAAAUCUCUGGAAAUGGAAGACCCAGCUAAACAAAAGAUAAUUUCUCCUAGUCUUCUUUCUUCAGAAGGAUUGAUUACAGAGUCUUCUAAGGGGUUAAACCAAGAAGAGUCUGGUAAGGGGAGUAACUCUGAAGAUUCUGUGCCAAAAAAACAGAGUCGUCCAGAUCCAGGGAAUGAGAGAAAUGAUGUUGAUAAGGAUGUAAAUGCUGAAAUUAUGGAUGAAAAUCUUGUGAUAGAUAAGAUUGAUAAGGUAACUGGAGAUGAUACAGGUUCAGGGCUAAAUCAUUAUCUUACCAACAGCUAAUAAGAAGUUGCCUUUAGGAAGUACUUGACAAUUUGUCUUCUAAACAUAAUGAAUCUGUGUCAACAAGUUUAAGUUAAACUUUUUUUCAUCAUUUAAUGAAAUAGGUGUAUACUAGUAAAUCAAAUUCAUAUAAUCAAACUGUUCACAGACACUGUUAUAAUGAUACGAUUGUCUGAACUCAUGGUGGCCAUCUUUUCUAACAAGUCCUAGUCAUUUGUACAGGUUAUUUAUAUAUCAAACAAGUAUUAAAUUGUACAUUCACCUUUUAAUCAAAUUUCUUUGAAUUUUGUAAUAGUCUAAUUAAAUUUUGAAGACUAUGUCAACUCUUUACAUUGUAUGAAAGUGUCAAGCCCAUGCAUACAUGUAUCAUUAAAAAUGUGAUGCUCCUACUUGACGAAUAACUUACUGAUACCCAUGUACUAUGGCAAAAUCAAGAAAUAGAUGUCAACUUCUAAAAUUAUAUAAAGUCAAGCCACCUCAUUUGUAAUUCAACUGAAAACAAACUGCAUAAAAAGGUUUUAACCUUCCACUUUAUACAAUUAUUACCAAAUACAUAAAAGAAAUGUCUCCACUUCACAUUAUACGAUAUUUCACCCACUCCAUAAUUAAUAAUGUCUACCCAGCAUAUAAUAUAAUAAUAUAUGUAAUAUAGGCUGUCUACACAAAACAUAUUUUAAUUGAACCCACCACAUAACAAAGAAGUCUACCCACCAAAUAAUACUAUUAUUCCCCCCCCCCCCCCACACACACACACACACAGCUUUUUUUAUAAAGGCUGUGUACUCCCACCUAAUACAAUUUGUAUAUUUUUGCUUUUCGUUUAUUUUCACCAGCCAAAACAGCUUUAAUUAGUAUUAUUAUUAAUGGUGAACGUGCUGACUUUUCGGUAAUCAGCUUACCUGGGCACAAUGUGGUGAAAUUUGUGAUCACCCUGUGUCCGGUGUGUAGUGUACUUUGUCAACAUUUUCCUAUGUCCAUUAUGUAGUGUACUUUGUCAACACUUUCCUUGUUUACAUUUUACAGAGGCCACACUAUUGUCAACUUGUCAUGAAAUUUAGUCAGAACAUUUGCCUGCAUGAAAUCUUUGCCCAGUUAGAAACUGGGUCACGUGGUGUCAAAAACAAGGUCACUAUGUCAUAGUGGAGAGAAAGCAUGUAAACACUAGAAGUUGCAAAUUUUGCCCAAUAAUAAUGAAAAUUGUGGAGAACAUUUAUUCUUAUAAUAUUUCAGCUGAGUUCCAAAAUGGUUCUGUUUCAUUAUAAAAUAUGGUUGUCAGGGAGCAGGGCAGGUUUUUAUAUAGUUCUUGACCUUUUUAAAACUCUAGAAGUCUUUUAAUUUGCCAAAUUAUGAUGGAACUUGCUUGAAAUAUCUGAAGUCCGAGUUGAAUUGAUAAAUGUUUUCCCUCAGUUGAAAAACAUGGUCAUUCAUGUUGUAUUAUGAAACCCUCUACGAUCUUUCUCUUGAGAUAAGUUUAGUUUCUAGGGUCUUCAGGCGAGCACUCUUGUAAAAAAAAAAGUAAACUGCUUCUCAGAUUCUUGUGUUUGUAAUAAUAUUUGUACAUUACAUACAAAAUAUGUUUCUUUGUUUUUUCUAAUUCCAUUUUUGUAUUUCCAUAUACCAAACCCUGCAUAAUUUAAUAUACAACGACAUGAGAAUGUAAUAUGUCCCAAUAGGGUUAUAAUUUAAAAAAAAAUCAAUAUAAGGUAGCAAUUUAUAAUUGUAAAUUGUAAAUAAAAACAGGCCUUGUUGGUCAUCACUCCUUGCUAAGUGAAAUAUGUAUUGUAGCCCUUAUGUGAACAUUAUAUAUGGGCUGAGCUCUGUGAAAGGGGGUAUAAUGCACGUGUUUGAAGUGUCAACCAAAGUUCAAUACUCUAUGACAUGUAGAGAAGUUUUAAUCAAAGUAAACAGUAUUAUUGCUAAAACUUUUUGUUUUACAUUAAACCAAAUAAAAAGUACAGUUAACUAAUCCAUGACAUCUAGGGAAGUUGUUUGCAAAUAAAAUAGUUGCUUCUUUUUGUAUCUUAAAAUGUUAUGACUUUAAAUGUGUUGAUAAUUGUUCUUUUGUUAUCAUAAGUUAAAAUUUUCUGUAUGAUAUGAUUAAUGUGUGGAGCAUUGUUAUUUUAUUAAUUUAAGUAUAUUUUUAACCAGGUUUUCCGAAGGAAAAAACUGGUUAUUAGAUUGGCGAAUGCGGGCGGGCUGGCUGGCUGGCUGGCUGGCUGGCGGGCUGGCUGGCUGGCUGGCGGGCUGGCGGAACAAGCUUGUCUGGGCCAUAACUUUGUAGUUCAUUGUGAGAUUUUAAAAUCAUUUGGCACAUUUGUUAACCAUCAUAAGACAGUGUGUCGCGCGAACAAAUUACGUCAAUAUCUCCAAGGUCAAGGUCACACUUUGAGUUCAAAGGUAAAAAAUAGCCAUAAAUGAGCUUGUCUGGGCUAUAACUAUGUCAUUCAUUAUGAGAUUUUAAAAUCAUUUGGCACAUUUGUUCACCAUCAUGGGACGGUGUGUCGCACGAAAGAAUCACGUCAAUAUCUUCAAUGUCAAGGUCGCCACGACUAAAAAUAGAUUUAUUUUAAAACAAACUUACAAAGGGGGUUAAUUUUGUUUGUUCAUUUCAAAAGUUCAGUUUGAGUUGUCUCCCUUUAUCAGAUUUUUUUUCACAAUGAAAACCUGGUUUUGUGACAAUUUUUUCCCUUGUUUGUAUUAUUUUAUAGUAUGUAUAUUGUAUAGAUAAUAACCUAAAUGUUUGUUCUUAACACUUUCAGAGUUAUUUGACCUACAAUUUGUUGAAUAGUUUGGUAUGAAACAAUAAUUGACUUUUCAUACUUGACAUUCAAGUCUCUAAUUGGUGGAUAUAAAUCACUAUACUUAUAAAAAAAUACCAAGAAUAUUUUUUUGUAUUAAUUAAUAAUUGUAUACCCAUGUAAUGUUGUUUUAUCAAAUUUAUUUUUACCUUUGUUUUGGUUGUUUGUAUCGAUCCUUGUGCAAAGAGAACAUUAAUCAAAUUGUGGAGUCAAAAAAGCUGUCGCCAAACACAUCAGAUAUAUUUUUAUUUUUGUUAUGGAUGUUUUUGUUGUAUGAAUGCAAUACAUUGCCUCAUUAUUUGUCAUGUUAAAGCUAGUCUAAUGUUAUUUGUUUUUAGCUUCUAUGCAGAAUUAAGUCUUUGAAUUUAAACAGUGUAUUUAUUUUGAAACCUGUACUUUCAGAAAUAUGAAAGUGUCAUUUAGUAUUUCAGAAGAUGUUCAAUAUGUGUAAAGAUUACAAGCAAGUAUUAGUUUGUCUUCAUCAUGUCAUCUGUUUCAUUAUGUUUUCCCGUGGUUAAUUUUGUUAGUUCAAUUAUGUUUUCUCAUACUAUUAUAUUUGCCUGUCAAUGAUAUAUCAACAAGAUGAUAACAAAUAUUGAAACUUUUGUAUUCAUAUAACCUUCUCUGAUUGUUUUAAUGCACCAUAUAUGGUAUACGUUUAAAGAAUAAUUCAGAAACAUUUUAUUUCACAAAAAUCCAGAAUAUUGAUUUAAGAAAUUAUUCACCAUACAACAUUCAUUUAAGAUAAAAUUAUGAACGUUUUAAUUUGCUACAUAUAAUUUGAUUGACAGGAUAUAAUUGGUUGAAAUGACAGAUUUCUUAUGUUAAAACUUCUGGAUAGAAAAACACGAACUUUUGGAAAUUCCAGGUUUUGAUUAGGAAAAAAAUUGCCAUUGAGACCAAAUAGCAGCUUUAAAACUAACAAAAAAAAGUCCUGCAAUAAGAAUACAUGAAAAACUGGUCUUCAUAUCUAUUGAUUUUAGCAUAUUGGUACAAAAACUUAAUCUUAAUGUAAUUAUACCGAAUAAAUCCACAACUAUCUUAACCAGCCAAUGGCAAGCAUGUAGACUGAGACUUCAAUAUAUACAAGUCAUUUUUGAGUAACCAAAGCAUGUAUGCACAACUCAACAUUGCAUUCAGUUAGAAUCUAAUGUCAAUCAGUAAAAUGUCUAUUCCUUUGUCUCUCUUCCAAUUGCUAUUCUGACUUUUAUGUUUUUGAAGUAUGUGCAAGAAUUACAUACAUACUUUUACAGUUUAUCUAUGUACUGUGCAUACAUUUGAUGCUUUUAUGUACCAUCACUUUAAGUUCAAGAAUAUCGUAAGCACUUACUGGUAUUUUUUAAACUAUUGUUGAGCCAGCUUGUGGAAAUCAUUUGCUGAUUCUGUCUUUCAUUAUGCAAUUUUAAAACAACGCAUCACAAAUGCCCAACAUCAUAAAAUGAAUUGUCAUGUAAAACACCCAUCACCCUACCACAAAGGUGAAGGUCACACUAUGGGGUCAAACAUCUUAUUUGGCCAUAAAACUAUUCAGAAUGUUGCUUUAUCAUUUAUCUGGCAAUUUUAACAUAACUGUCACACAAUGACCACCAUAUGGAAAGGCCAGACACAUGUAACGCCUGUCACAUUUCCUCAAAGGUCAAGAUUAGACUUCAAAGUCAAAGGUCGAAUAGAGCCAUAAAAUAGGUUGUCAGGCUGUUAAUUGGUCACUCAUCAUGCAAUUUUGAAAUAAUUACCACAAAUGAAAAACACAAGAAGAUAAAAUUUGAGUUUGACACCAGUCUCCCUACUUUUAAAAGUCAAGGUUGCACUAAGAGGUCAAAGGUCGGAUGCGGCCAUUAGAGCACUAUUUUAUGUUGUCUUGCCAUUCAUCAUGUAAUUUUGAUAGAACAGAACUGAACAUAUAGUUUUUUUCAGUGACACAUAUUUCAAAUCAUAAUGAUAAUUCAUUAUAAUACAUGCAUGCAUAAAUUUAAUUAACUUGACACGAAUGACCACCAUGAGAAGGCGGCCAGUUGCUUGUUACACCAAUAUUGAUAUAUCAGAAGUCAAUGUCACACUUAGAGGUCGAAUGUCAAUUUAGCUUUUCUUAAUUUUGUCAAAGGUGGAGGUAUAAUUUGGCCAUAAAGCAUCUUGUCAGGACUGUAACUGCAUCAUUCAGCAUGCAGUUUUAACCCUUUGCAUGCUGGGAAAUUCGUUGUCUGCUAAAAUGUUGUCUGCUGAAUUUCUUAAAUUAGCAUUUUCUUCGAUUUUUUUCAAAGAAUAUUAUCAGAAUAGCAAACAGUUUGGAUCCUGAUGAGACGCCACGUUCUGUGGCGUCUCAUCUGGAUCCAAACUGUUUGCACAGGCCUUCAAAAUUCGGUUCCCGCACUGAAAGAGUUAAAAUUACAUAUGACAAACGUCCACCAUGAGACAACUAUGUGUCACAUGUAAUAUCAAUCUCCCUACCUCAAAGUUUAAGGUCCCACUUAAAGGUCAAAGUUUAAAUUUGUCUGUUUAAAUGUUUGUCCAUAUUGUGACUCCAUCAUUCAUCAUACAAUUUUAAAAUAAUUCCUAAAAGUGUUUUAAGUAUUGUGUUAAAAAAAGGGUUGUGCAUAUUUAACCAGGUUUUCCGAAGGAAAAAACUGGUUAUUAGAUUGGCGAAUGCGGGCGGGCUGGCUGGCGGGCGGGCGGAACAAGCUUGUCCGGGCCAUAACUAUGUCGUUCAUCGUCAGAUUUUAAUAUCAUUUGGCACAUUUGUUCACCAUCAUUGGACGGUGUGUCGCGCGAAAUAAUUACGUCGAUAUCUCCAAGGUCAAGGUCACACUUUGAGUUCAAAGGUCAAAAAUGGCCAUAAAUGAGCUUGUCCUGGCCAUAACUAUGUCAUUCAUUGUGAGAUUUUAAAAUCAUUUGGCACAUUUGUUCACCAUCAUGGGACGGUGUGUCGCACGAAAGAAUCACGUCAAUAUCUCCAAUGUCAAGGUCGCCACGACUAAAAAUAGAUUUUUUUAAAAAACAAACUUACAAAGGGGGUUAAUUUUGUUUGUUCAUUUCAAAAGUUCAGUUUGAGUUUUUUCCCUUUAUCAGAUUUUUUUUCACAAUGAAAACCUGGUUUUGUGACAAUUUUGUCCCUUGUUUAACUUCGUCAUUCAUCAUACAAUUUUAAAAUAAUUACUACAAGUUUUUAAGUUUAAUGUAGUCAAACAUGUUAAUGGCGCAGCUUGUAAAAUAAUGAGAAGCAUUAUUAAAAAUGGACUUGACAUGCAUGUUGCUUACAUGCAUUUAGCUGUUUUGCUUUUUUAAAAGUUUCAGAAUACUUUCCUGAUCGUUUUUGGGGUUGAAAUUACUGAUUUGCUAUGUAGGUGUAGAUUUUUUUUAAACAGCAUUUCAGUUUUGCAAUAAAUUGUGCCAUUGUCUUGUCAAAUUAAGGUGCUUUCUUUGAUAGCAAACAUCUUUCAUUUUGUCUUUCGUUCCAAAAACAAAUCUUGACACCACUUGUAUAAGUAAUAACUCAGCAUAUCUUGUAAUAGUUAAGAUGCAGCAUAGCCUUUGGCUUUAUGCCUUAUAAAGCAGCAUCCCUCUUAUGAGUAACAACAAUUCUUUUUUAUGACGAGUAUAUCGAAACCACUCAUAUGGGGAGCAACAUUUUUCACUGAGUAACAAGGAGACAUCACUGCAAUAACUCUACAUUAUUUAACGAGUAAUAAAUAGACAUCGCUCAAUAUGGUCAUACCAAAUUGCAGUAAUAACCUCACAUAAUUCCCGAAUAAUCCAGUAUUAUGAAAUAGUUAUUCUUUUGGCAGUAUUCAAAACUUUACAAUUCAAAACCGUGUGUUUUUAAAAAGCGUACACUUUGUGUGCCAAUAUAAUAUUAUUUUAAAGAACUUUGCAUUUUAUGUACAAGGACUUGCUUGUAAUUGUGAAAUAUGCUAGACAUCUGCAUGAAAGGUGCUAUAAGAUUGUUUGUGUUCAAGGGAAGUUAUAAGCUUUAAAGGGAGGUAAUUAAUGAACUUGCAAAAUUAUAAAAAAAAUAAUUAAUAAAUCAUUUGCACAACUGGAUGUUUACUUCAUCAUUUAAUGUGUGACAAAUUAACAAACAUGUUACUACAGGCAUAGCUACUUUCAUUAAGUUUACAAAAUGGGGGGGAGUAAUUGUUUAAGCAAAUGCAUUCUUAAAUUUUUUUGAUAAAUUAAGGAGCGGAUGCUUGUUUAAGCCAAUGCAUUCUUCAAAACUUCUAUUUUAAGUUGCAAAAAAGUGAUGAUUGACCUUUGAUGCAAGGAAGAAAUAUUUUAGUUUAUUUGUUUUCUUUUACCAAAUGCGUAGGUCUGCACAUAAUGUAGUCUUGAAGACUCAACGAUGACCUUUAAAUAAACCCUGAAUUACGCACACACAGUCUACCAAACAUUUCCACGAAAAAUGUGCAUUUGAUUGAUUAUGAAACGGUUCUUUAUGCCCCCUUAAACAGCAUCAUGAAGGUACAUGUAAUGUGAUAGUGUCUUUUACUUCUAGGGGCUUCUGUCAUUGUAGUCUUUAUAUGCCCUGUAUCUUUAAGAGCAUUCUGUAAAAUUAAGUUUGUAAAAGUUUUAGAUUUUUGGAUAGUAUGUUCUUGUAUUUAAAUUAUAUAAUAUUAUUGUACCAAUACUUUCUAUAGUUCAUUAUCAUGAAAAUUUAUUUUUUUGCUGCAAUAAUUUGUUUCUCAGGUACCUACUUGCUUUUUGUUGUUAAGGUUUAUCUUUACAUGAAUUUAACUGCUUUGGCUAAAUGUUUUAAUGUUUUGGCUACAAUUUUUUAUGUCAAUUUCUGGCUUUGGUGUAUUAUAGUAUUGUCGACCAUUUGUGAUAAAUUUCAGUUUUAGUGGCACUUAUAAUCAGAUGUGUAAAUUCUAGUUGUUUUUUAUCAAUAAAACAUUGAUUAAGUCAAAGACCUUUUUUCAAUAAAUUAAUGUGUAUGUCAUUAUUUCUUUUCUUGAAAAAAAAACUGGAUGCAGAAUUUUGGUAGCUUUUCUUUCAUUCGGACAAAAUAUCUUCAAUAAGGUAUAUACUAUUCUGUAAUUUUAUCAUCUUAUUAUGGAACAAUGCUAAUAAGCGCCUUUAAACUUUUCCCACUCUCUAUAUCAAAUAAUGUUCAUUCCACACUUGCUUAACAUGAUUAAAACGUUUUGAUCAAAUCGCUGCAGGAGUUAAAAUGUUAGCUUUGAUUCAAUAUAUAAAUUAAUGUUUUAUAGAAAGUACACAUGCUUAUGAAAGGUAUCAGGAUAAUUACACAUCAAUUAAAGUUUGAAUAAAAAAAACGUCUUAGACCUGCAGUAUUACAAAUUAUGGAACAGUCAUAAAGAAGAAUUAUUUGUAUGUGGAAAAUGUGAGCUUUAUUUGUGUAGUAACUUGUUAACACACAUGUAUGCAAACAGAUAUAAUAAUGUAUUGUAAGAAUUGAGUAGCCCUACAAUAAAUUGAUUUCAAUGUUAGCCGUGUAAAUCACAUGUUUGGCAUUUGCUAUGGAAUGUUUUGACUAAGUUCAUAAAGAGGAAUACAUAGUCCAUUCAAACACAUUUGAAAUACCAGUUCCUGCUUUUUUGUCACUAUCUUUAAGUUUGGUUACUGAUAUUCCAAGUUUAUUGGAACUCAAUAUAUAAUAAAUGUUUGUGCACAAGAUUUAUGCUUUUUCUCAAAAUAUUUUGUAAUGGACAUUUAUUGCACAAUCUUUAUUAAAACACGCUUCAGAUCCAGGCAUAAGGCGUACAGAAGAUGUUUGUUUCCAUUUUUUAUGCAGACCCUAAACAUUAUUUGGUAAUGCUGGUUUAGCUGUUUAUCAUUUUUGCUUAUUUGAUCAUAUUCACUAAGUUAACUUAAAAUGUUGCAAUAAUGUUUGCUUAAUUCCUUCAUAUUUGCUUAAUAAACAAAACAUCAUUCAAAAACAUUUCUAGAUUUGGAUUGUGAAGAGAUUUUUUUGUCAUUUCAUAUUCUGAUUAAAUUAGGGAUUUUAAUAAUGAAAUAAGCGGAGCUAUCAACCAUGAUUGUGUUGACAAUGAUAGUUGAAACAAAUGACAAUUUGGCCUUAUUCAGCUAGAGCAUUUGGGGGACCUAAUUAAGUUCAGCUUAGUUGAUGAGUAAUUACAUUGCUUUUGUAUUCAUUUUUCCAGAUAUGUUUUGCAUAAUCCUAUAUAUAUUGUAUGUAUUAUGUAAUACAACUGAAAAUUUCAGGAAGCUUUUUAAAUCUGUCUAACUUGCUGUGAUUGAUUUGUUGAUUUUAAUUGUAUAAUAAUGCAAAACAAGCAUUCUGUGUCUUUAAUUUUUUCUGAAAUAAUUAUAUGCGCAUUUAAUAUAAGUGUACCAUUUAUGAUUAGCCUUAGUAUACAGAGAAAUGAUUGUAUAUUAUAAAGUUAAGUGGUUUAGAUGUAUGUGUGUACAUUUAAUGCAACCUCUACUUCCUUUGCAUAUUGAAAUUCUUUAAGAUUAUCUGUAAGAUACUUAUACUAAUACUUAUGAUACUACUUGUUAAUACAUGUUACUGAUUUGUUGUGUAUUAUGCUUUAUGGUAGUUCUAUUUUUGCUCUACAUUUGGAGUGACAUGUAGAUAAGUUAAAUGCUGCUAUUGAUAAAUUUGCAUGUAAUUUUUGUUAAUUGUUGUAGUACAGCGGCUAAAUGAUAAUUCAGUUUUCUGAAAAUAAAAUUGUAAGUAU